UAAAGAGAGUUCCCAAAUAAUCCCUCAUAUUCGCAAAGCCAUAAAAAUCUCACCUUUUUCCUUUCGAAUCGAUCAAUGGCUAUCCAGGAUCGUCUCCUGCAAUUCAGGCUCCACAUCGCCGCCACCGCCGCCGGAAUCGCCGUCAUCUCUCUCCUCAUCCACGGCCCAACCCUCUCCACCGUCUUCUCCUUCUUCUGGCCUCUUCUCCUCUCCACCGCUUGCUUCCUCACCCUCGUCGCCUUCCUCCUCCGCUUCUCCCCUACCUCCAACGGCGAUUCCUCCGGUUCCAUCACCGGCGAGGAGCUCAUGGACUACGUCGCCGGUCACCGGGAAGACCAUACCGGAGAGCUAGCAAACGAUGGAGAGGAGUCCCGCCCGAAAUCCCAGUGAGGCUACAGCAUAAUGCUCCGCCGGAACAGUGUAGCUGGUUUAAAUCCCAUCUUCGUGGCGCGAUAUGAUUGGAUGGCGAGAGGAGCACACUUUCGUGCAACUGUAUAUUAUUCCCAGCGUCUUAUUUAUUUCAGAAUUAUCAAAUGCAUGAAUAAAUAAA